UUCGCGUCUAGAACCACCGUACCCCCCUUACGGCGGUCCUCCUCAGGGUCCUCCAAUGCAUCAGGGACCUCCCCACGGAGGACCCCACGGAGCUCCGCCUUACCCUCCGUACCCUCAGCAGGGCUUCCAGAAUCCCCCGUACCCCAACGGCGGCGGUCAUCCUCAGCAAUUCGGCUAUCCUCCUGGCCCGCCCCAACAGGGUCACCCUCCUCACGGUGGCUCGCCUUAUCCUCCCUACCCCAGUUCUCAGGGCGGUCAUGGAUUUCCUCCCGGUCCUCCGCAGGGACCUCCCCAAGGCCAUCAUCCAGGAUAUCCCCAUGGAGCACCACCUAUGUCCGGUGCCCAUGGACAGCACCCCUACCCAUCUCCGUCGUUCCCAUCACAAGCUCAGUUCCCCAGCCAGCCAGCUAUUCCGUCGCUGGGAUACACACCCGGACAGGUCGCCCCCGGCGAGUUCCGUCCUCAGGCAGACGCACUCCGCAAGUCCAUGAAGGGAUUCGGCACCGACGAGAAGGCCCUCAUCAACACGAUCAGUAAGCUGGAUCCGCUGCAAAUGGCCGCCGUCCGCAAGACAUACACCGAGCACAUCCGCCGCGAUCUCUACAAGGACGUCAAGUCCGAAACCAGCGGGUAUCUGCGCCAGGGCCUGCUGGCUGUCAUUGACGGUCCGCUGGCACAUGACGUCGCCUGUGUCCGGGAAGCAGUUGACGGUGUCGGCACGAAGGAGUGGAUGCUCAACGACGUCCUGCUGGGUCGGUCCAAUGCCGACCUCCAUGCCAUUAUGUCCGCGUACCAGCGCACCUACAACCGCUCUCUACAGAAAGACGUGGAGGGCGAUCUGUCUUUCCAAACGCUGGGUCUGUUCAAGACGGUCCUCCGCUGCCAGCGCCACGAGGAGUCCAUGCCUCUUGACCCCCGUAUGAUUGAAGAAGAAGCCAAGUCCAUUCAUUCCGCGACCGCCGGCCGAAUGACCAACAAUGUCGAAGAGGUCUGCGGCAUUUUCGCUCGGUCGUCGGACGAGGAGCUCCGCGCCAUCAACCAGGCCUACAGCCAGCGGUACAACACGCCCUUGGAGAAGCAUAUUCAGAAAGAAUUCUCGGGUCAUAUGAAAGAUGCCCUAAUGCAUAUCCUGCAGGGCGCCUUGGAUCCGGCCAUGCGUGAUGCGGUCGCGCUGGAAGACUGCAUGAAGGGCAUGGGCACCAAGGACGAGAAGCUGGUGGUGCGUGCUGUGCGAGUGCAUUGGAACCGGGCGCAUCUUGAUCAGGUCCGAAGGGCUUAUCAGCACAAGUUCCAGAAGGCUUUGGUCGAUCGGGUGAGGGGCGAGACUAGUGGGGAUUACCAGCGCUUGAUGGUUGGUCUGCUGGAGUAGAUUCACGGCACCCCGAUGACCUCAUUCUCUUUUUUUUUUUUU